AUGCAGGUCUCCUUCAGCGAGGCGGACGUGGGACGGCAUCGGCUGGGCAAGUCCGUGAGACACACGGAGGACCUGAUCGUGACGCCCUUCGCCCAGGUGCUGGCCAGUCUGCGCAGCGUGAGGAACAACUUCUCCAUCCUGGCCAAUGUCCCAACCCCAACAUCCAACAAGAGGUCCCCUGUGGGCAGCCAGCCGACCUUGUGCAAGGCGAUGCUGUCAGAGGAGACCUACCAGCAGCUGGCCAAGGAGACCCUGGAGGAGCUGGACUGGUGCCUGGACCAGCUGGAGACGAUCCAGACCUACCGCUCGGUCAGCGAGAUGGCGUCCAACAAGUUCAAGAGGAUGCUGACCCGUGAGCUCACCCACCUGUCUGAGAUGAGCCGCUCUGGAAACCAGGUCUCCGAGUACAUUUCCAACACAUUCCUCGACAAGCAGAAUGAGGUGGAGAUCCCGCCCCCCACGCACAAGGAGCGGGAGAAGAAGAAGAAGCAGCAGCCCAUGUGCCAGAUCAGCGGCGUGAAGAAGCUCGUGCCCAGCUCCAGCCUAACCAACUCCAGCAUCCCCCGCUUCGGGGUCAAAACCGACCAGGAGGAGCUGCUCAGCCAGGAGCUGGAGAAUCUCAACAAGUGGGGCCUGAACAUUUUCCAUGUCUCCGAAUAUUCCAACAGCCGCUCACUCAGCUGCAUCAUGUACAUGAUAUUCCAGGAGAGAGACCUGCUGAAAACCUUCAAGAUCCCGGUGGAGACGCUGCUGACGUACGUGCUGACCCUGGAGGAGCAUUACCACGCCGACGUGGCAUACCACAACAGCCUGCACGCCGCCGACGUGGUGCAGUCCACGCACGUCCUGCUGGCCACGCCCGCCCUGGAUGCUGUGUUCACCGACCUGGAGAUCCUGGCCGCUCUGUUUGCAGCCGCCAUCCAUGACGUCGAUCACCCGGGCGUCUCCAACCAGUUCCUGAUCAACACCAACUCGGAGCUGGCCCUGAUGUACAACGACGAAUCGGUCCUGGAGAAUCACCACCUGGCCGUGGGCUUCAAGCUGCUGCAGGAGGAGAAUUGCGACAUCUUCCAGAGCCUCGGCAAGCGCCAGCGCCAGACUCUGCGCAAGAUGGUUAUCGACAUGGUGAGCCGGGCUGGGCCGAGCCUGCAGGAAGCUCAGGUGGGCUUCAUCGAUUACAUCGUUCACCCGCUGUGGGAGACGUGGGCAGACCUGGUGCACCCCGACGCCCAGGAAAUCCUCGACACCCUGGAGGACAACCGGGAUUGGUACCACACCAUGAUCCCGCAGAGCCCCUCCCCGCCCCCGGACGAGCAGGACAAGGAUGAGGACGCCUGCCUGGAGAAGUUCCAGUUCGAACUGACGCUGGAGGAGGAGGGCGAGGAGUCGGAUCAGUCGGACCCGGAGUGCUGCAGCCUGGGUCACGAGUUGAACAGCUUCUCCCCUGCGGAGGAGGAGCCGCCGUGCCCAUCCCCAGAGGAGGGGGGCGGGCAGAACGGACUGGCGCACGACACAGCCCCUGGGGCACCGUGACUCUGGGCUUUGGCUCAGCCGCCAGGCGGGAAACCAAACGAAAGCCACACGCGCACCCCCCGCCAUGGACUCUCUUUCGGGGGGAACCGACACACAACUCCCUUUAAAUUAAUGUUGGGUUUAGCUGGGGGAUUUUUAUUGUAUUUUUUACAAAAAAAAAAAAAAGAAAGAAAGAAAAA